AUUUAUGCCCUCCUGGCCAGCCGUUGUGGUUUAGUCAAAAUUCAGUAGGAAAUACCGUAAAAUCGUGCCGAGUUUUCAAGUUUUGACAAAUACACGUUAACAACACAAAAACAAAUAUGCAGUUGACGCUACGUACUGUUGUUAAAGCCAUGGCCAAGACGCCAUUGCGUACCAAUGCGGCUAUAUUAGGCGCCCUCAACGCACGCUGCUAUUCCACCACACAUGAAGCGGACAUUGUUGUUAUUGGCUCUGGUCCCGGUGGAUAUGUGGCGGCUAUAAAAGCGGCCCAAAUGGGCAUGAAGACUGUCAGCGUGGAAAAGGAGGCCACAUUGGGCGGCACUUGCCUUAAUGUGGGCUGCAUACCCUCGAAGGCGCUGCUAAACAACUCGCACUACUAUCACAUGGCACAUUCUGGUGAUUUGGCCAGUCGUGGCAUUAAUGUCGGUAGCGUCUCCCUCGAUUUAGAAAAGCUGAUGGGACAGAAGACGAAUGCUGUGAAGGCCCUAACCGGCGGCAUUGCGCAACUCUUCAAAAAGAACAAAGUUACACAACUAACCGGCUUUGGCAGCAUUGUCAACCCAAAUGAGGUGCAGGUGAAGAAAAAUGAUGGCACCACAGAAACGGUAAAGGCCAAGAACAUUCUGAUUGCCACCGGCUCUGAAGUGACGCCCUUCCCCGGAAUUACAAUUGACGAGGAGGUCAUUGUGAGCAGCACGGGUGCUCUGAAGCUAGCGAAGGUGCCACAGCGUAUGGUUGUCAUUGGCGCUGGCGUCAUUGGCCUGGAAUUGGGAUCGGUAUGGUCGCGUCUUGGCGCUGAGGUUACUGCCAUUGAGUUCAUGGAUACCAUCGGCGGUGUAGGCAUUGACGGUGAGGUCUCCAAGACCUUCCAGAAGGUGCUCACAAAGCAAGGACUUAAGUUCAAGCUGGGUACCAAGGUUAUGGCUGCGCAGCGCAACGGCGACACCGUGAGCGUGUCCGUAGAGAAUGCCAAGUCCGGUGAAAAGGAGGAAAUCCAAUGUGAUGCUCUGCUAGUCAGCGUGGGACGUCGUCCCUAUACUGAGGGUCUCGGUCUGGAAGCUGUGGGCAUUGUCAAGGACGAUCGUGGUCGCAUACCCGUCAAUGCCACCUUCCAGACAGUGGUUCCCAAUAUCUAUGCCAUUGGCGAUUGCAUUCACGGUCCCAUGCUGGCGCACAAGGCCGAGGAUGAAGGCUUAAUAACGAUCGAGGGCAUAAAUGGCGGUCAUGUUCAUAUCGACUACAAUUGCGUGCCUAGUGUGGUUUAUACGCAUCCCGAAGUGGCGUGGGUUGGCAAAUCUGAGGAGGCACUCAAACAAGAAGGAGUUGCCUACAAGGUCGGCAAAUUCCCCUUCCUGGCAAACUCGCGCGCCAAGACCAACAAUGAUACCGACGGCUUUGUGAAGGUCCUCGCUGACCAGGCAACGGAUCGUGUGCUGGGCACACACAUCAUUGGACCUGUUGCUGGUGAGCUGAUCAAUGAAGCUGUGCUGGCCAUGGAGUAUGGAGCGGCUGCCGAAGAUAUUGCACGCGUUUGCCAUGCACAUCCGACAUGCGCUGAGGCUCUGCGCGAAGCCAAUGUGGCAGCAGCUUUUGGCAAGCCCAUCAAUUUCUAAGUGUCGUCCCCAACAGAUAACAUCCACAACAAUCCUAGCACUUUGCUGCCAGAACCCACUUCUCUUGCACUUACGGCUGGAAAACCCUACGAACAUUUAACGGAUAUAAAUAAAUACACAAACGAAAAACACUCAAAUUCAAUGUUCUAAUUGUAUCACGAUACAUCUGGAAUAUAAAUUCAAAUUCACAUAAUAAUUGGUAUAUGCGCAAGGCGUUUUGCAAUACAGCUAUCUGAGAAUGUAAUAUGUAUUAAGUUUAGAAUAAAGCUGUUUAAAACUCGAAAUGGAA